ACCUCAAUCACUCAUAAUGAAGACCACCAUGAUCAUCAGCGCUGCUGCUCUCCUCUUCUCCGGCGCUUUCGCUGCCCCAGCCGUCGCUCGCUCUGAUCCUGUCUACUUCACUGUCCAGCUCGCAAACGAUCAGACUGGCAAGAACGCCAACGCCGACGUCGCUGUCAACACUGGCCCAGUCACCUUUGGCCGGCUCUUCGGCGCUGCUUUUGGCACUCCAGUCAAAGCCACUUCUCUGCAGGCCGUCACUCCAGGUGCCGGUGGUAACAACGUCCGCUGCGUCGUCUACAGCCCUGCCAAUACUCUCUACGGCAGACCCCUCAACGCCUGGAACACCUUUAUCGACCUCGACGGCGACUUCACCAAGUCCACCCCCAUCGAUGUAACUGACUUCACCAUUUCGUGCGAGCUUUAA